GGCAAUAAAGUGAAAACAGACUGCAUCGUGCACUAGACUAACCACUAAAAUAGUAAAAAAAUAUAAAAUGAGAUGAACGAUUAGCUUCAAUUGAAAGGGCAUCUUUCUCCUUCUCCAAGAAUCACCGUCUUCGACAAAGGGGUGGAAUUGUCGCCUUUGACAGAAGGAUGGAGGGAAUGAGAGAAUGAGAAGAUCAGAGGAGAGAGGAGAAGCUGAGUGGAGAUGAAAGAGGUUAAGUGUUUGGACGAAGUGGAGUUGUGUUUGGGAGGAUGGGUUUCAGAAUUGUGGAUUGCAUACGUACCGUUUCAUUAGUCAUUAAGAUACGUAGAACCUGACUACAAGCCGCUUAUCUCAACUGACUGCAUUAAGCAUUUUUCAACGAAAUAACUCUCAAGUUUGAAAACUUCCUGCCCAGAAGAUUUUUACCGAAAUGCAAAUUCCUAACAAAUAAGGAUCCAUAGUCAAUUCAGACCUAAUAGUCAAUACAAUAAGAGGGAACUCUUCGAAACGUUAUUUGAAAGGACCGACGAUUUGAUGGUCCUCGACCGAACUAAUGAAUGAGGAUCACCAAGCCACUGAAAGGUGACUCCAACGGCUACGUCCAACGUGCCCUGCAAAGCCUCUUAGCAGCUGAUGGCCUCGACUACGGCGCUUGCGGCUGCCUCAUUCAGCACUGCACGGACCACGGCCUCGUCCGCCUGGCAAAGCAGCUCCAUGCCCGCAUCGUCCUUUUCUCCGUCACACCCAACAACUUCCUUGCGUCAAAGCUUAUCACCCUCUAUUCCAAAGCAAAUCACCUCCGCGAAGCCCGCCACGUGUUCGAUAGAAUCCCUUCCAGAAAUAUAUUCUCUUGGAAUGCUUUGCUCAUUGGCUACUCCCUUCACAACAUGCACCUCGACAUGCUGAAACUGUUUACAUCCCUGGUGCGCUCUCAUUUUAUGGAUGUGAAACCGGAUUGUUAUACGAUGUCGUGUGCUCUGAAGUCAUUAUCAUCGUCAUUUUCUGAUUCAAGGUUUGCUCGGGAGGUUCAUUGUUUUGUCUUUCGACAUGGGUUAGACUCUGAUAUUUUUGUCGUCAAUGCUUUGAUUACCUACUACUCGAGAUGUGAUGAGAUUGUCUUGGCGAGAACCGUGUUCGAUUGGAUGCCAGAGAGAGAUAUCGUGUCGUGGAAUUCAAUGAUAGCCGGGUAUUCUCAGGCUGGAUUUUAUGAGGAGUGUAAGGACUUGUAUAGAGAGAUGUUGGAUUCAGCUGGGUUGCGGCCCAAUGGGAUGACAGUCGUUAGUGUCCUGCAGGCAUGUGGUCAGUCGACCGACCUUAUUCUUGGGAUGGAAAUUCAUCGAUUCGUGAAUGAGAGCCAAAUUGGGAUCGAUAUUUCUGUAUGUAACGCUAUCAUUGGGUUAUAUGCAAAAUGUGGUAGCUUGGACUAUGCUCAACAGUUAUUUGAAGAGAUGACCGAGAAGGAUGAAGUCACCUAUGGAUCCAUGAUUUCAGGCUACAUGGUUCAUGGUUUUGUAGGCAAAGCAAUGGAUCUUUUCCGAGAAAUGAAAAGCCCAGGAUUGAGUACAUGGAAUGCUCUGAUUUCAGGUUUGGUUCAGAACAACCAGCAUGAAGGAGUCUUAGAUUUAAUUCAAGAAAUGCAGGCAUGUGGUUUUAAACCUAAUACCGUAACACUUUCAAGCAUUCUUCCUACAAUUUCACAUUUUUCAAACCUAAAAGGAGGGAAAGAAAUACAUGCUUAUGCUGUUAGAAAUAAUUGCGAUCACAAUAUUUAUGUUGCAACUGCCAUCAUAGAUACUUAUGCAAAGUCAGGAUUUCUUCAUGGGGCACAACAGAUUUUUGAUCAAUCAAAGGGUAGAAGCCUGAUCAUUUGGACAGCAAUAAUCUCGGCGUAUUCAUCCCAUGGAGAUGCUGAUAUGGCCAUUAGCCUUUUUAACAAGAUGCUAAAUAGUGGGAUUAGGCCAGACUCGGUGACCUUUACAGCUGUAUUGGCAGCCUGUGCUCAUUCUGGAAUGGUAGAAGAAGCUUGGAAAAUCUUCGAUGCCAUGUUUAUGGAAUAUUGCGUACAGCCUUCAGUGGAGCAUUAUGCUUGCAUGGUGGGUGUUCUUAGCCGAGCUGGGAGACUAUCUGAAGCUACAGAAUUUGUGUCUAAAAUGCCAAUUGAACCAACUGCUAAAGUUUGGGGUGCACUUCUUAAUGGGGCCUCUGUUUCUGGUGAUGUUGAACUGGGGAAAUUCGUUUGUGAUCGUUUGUUUGAGGUUGAGCCUGAAAAUUCUGGGAAUUACAUUAUUAUGGCAAAUUUGUAUUCUCAAGCUGGGAGAUGGGAAGAAGCUGAUAAGAUCAGGGAAAGGAUGAAGAAAAUUGGGUUGAAAAAGACCCCAGGCAGUAGUUUGAUUCAAACAGGUGGAGCAUUACAAAGUUUUAUUUCUAGGGAUGAAUCAAAUGGAAGAACUGAAGAGAUAUAUGAAAUGUUGGGAGGGUUGCUUGGGUUAAUGAGAGAGAAAGGAUAUGUUUCAAGGGAAGAGUUAGAUGAGGAGAGUAUUUACAGUUGACACUCGUUCAUUAAAAAAAAAUUAUUGCAAAAUAGGAUUGGGUUAUGCAGUGAAUGUAAACUAUGCAUCAAUGGAGCCACAGUGACACAGAUUGACUGUUCAACUUUGGAUGCCCAAUUUAUUGAGAAAUAGCACCUAGAUGCUCAGUAGUGGGAAUCUAUAAAUUUCAGAAUUGUGCAGUCUGAAAUUGAAGCUCUAAAUUGUUUCCUUUUUUAAGAGAUACAUUCGGUGACCUGGCCUGGGUGCUAAGAAGUUGGAUCAAGCUAUGUUCUUCUGUGUAGGAAUCAAUUUGUUGAUAUCAUAUUGUAUAAGCUAGUUGGGGACCUUAAAUACUGAGGGUGAGACUUGUUUAUUUUAUUUUUUUAUCAAAAAACACUGAGAGUGAGACUCAGUAGUGCUUCCUUCUUGCCCAAUGCUGGUCUGGCUGCAAAAUAUGUUGGAGAGACUUAAAACUUCUAGCUCCAUCCAAGGCUGUAAACCUGGAGUUCCUGUUGAGCCAGACCUUGGAAAACUCUGCAAAUGACGUCCAAACUAUUGGGAUUUUUUGUUCUUCAGUAGCAAUUAGUGUAUCUAAUGCUGUCAAUUUUUCAAAAUAUCAGUGAGAUUCUGGUGGCUAACCGUCCUUCGAGUGGCUGCUGCUUGGUGAUUACUGAUUAAUUGCUGCUCUUCAGGAAUUAGAUCAACCUCCCUUAAGGCGAGAAGUAGAUUCUGGUCAUUACUCAUCAGUUAAUUUCUGUUUAUUCCAUAGCAAUAUGAUGAAAAGAAAACUGCACGGCUCCAGAAGAGCCAAGACUUUGUAUCCCCAUAAUUUCUCAGUUUAUAAGAAAUAUGUGCUUAGGUUGAUGAUAUUACCA